AUGACCGGCAUACAAUCCUCGUUGAUAUGGAUCGUCUAUGCGAUCGUUGUCGCAAUCCUGUUCGCCGUCGCUUCCAUCUUCAUAUACAUCUACCAAACGCCUCGAGAUCGAUCGCCGCUCGUGACAAUAGUCUCCAUUAUAACUAUUACAGCUCUCCUCGCCACCGUACUACUACAACCCGUUGAUGUCGCUCUCGUAUCUUCGACUACUUCAUCCAAGCUCGGCCGCCGGAAAGAUUGGGCUUCACAGGAAGAGGUGGAUAAGAUAGUCUUUUCGCUGAGGGUGGUGUAUUAUCUACUCUACUCCUUGGAUGUGGUCCUAUGUCUCUUGGUAGUGCCGUUCACAUACUUUUGGUAUGAGGAAUAUGAUGAAGUGGCGGUGCAAGAGGGGGAACAGACAUUUGGAAAACGGGUUUGGGGCGCAUUCAAGUAUACGCUUGCUUUCAUUCUUCUUGCUGUGAUAUUAUUCCUUGCCGGGUUUUUUAUUCCAAUUAAAGGCAUAUCGGAGGACAAAGACCUGGAUUUCUUCAAGAAGUUGUUGACCGAAAAUCAUGGUGAGAGAGCACUUACCUUCGCGUUGGGUAUUCUCCUCACGCUGGGAACGUUACUUUACGUCCUGUAUACCUCAGUUGGCUUCGCAUUCCUACCCAUCACGCUUAUCAAAACCGCGCCGUCAAUGUCCAAUCCAACACUUAAAGCAAACACUGCAUCGCAACUUGAGAGCAACCGCGAACGUCAGCGUCAAUUGAAUGCCCGGUGCGGAGGAGACCCAGAUCAACUAUCAUCCAAAGACCGUAGGGAACUGGAUGGUCUUGUACGAGAGGAAAGAACUCUUGUCAGGAGACAACGCUUGAUCGAAGAAGCGCAGGGCGAAGGACGCAGCUGGUUGAUACGGGCAUGGUUCAAGAUCGAGGCGGUAUUCCGGCCUUUCAAGCUUCUAGGAGGAAUCUUACUACUCCUCGUCGCGAUUUUUAUCUGGGUUUCUAUGCUCCUUACGGCAAUCGACAAGGCCAAAAAUUCAGUAUGCAAGCAUAAUUGCGGAUAUAUCCUAGGACAUAUCAAUGUCUUUAAUCCUAUUAACUGGCUCUUUGUGCUUUCUGCACGCGUCUUUCCGGUAGACUACGUCCUAUUCGCAUUAAUCGUCUUACUGUUCUUCAGCAGUUCGGUCGUCGGUAUUGCGACAGUUGGCAUUCGGUUUCUCUGGAUUAGAAUCUUCCAAAUCCGCAAGGGCCACACUUCACCCCAGGCAUUGUUACUGGCAACUGUGAUGUUGACAUUGAUCACUCUUGCCCUGAACUAUUCCAUGUCAAUGAUUGUUGCUCCUCAAUACGCAACAUUCGGACCACAGACAUUCUGCGAUAAACCAACCUACCACCCCGGCGCACAGCCCGACUGUUCCGAUGACAAGGACAAGGAUCUCAUCAAGCCAUGCACAGAACUAGCCGACAACCCCGCUGCCAAAGAAGUCUGCACUCCAAGUGUAGUCAGCACAUUCUUCAAUAGAGUUACACUGAACUUUCCGUAUUUCGGAGUCGUCAUUUUCUGGGCUCAGUUCGCUUUUCUAGGUCUGUAUCUGAUCAUCCUUGUGGCCUCAUUGUUCCGUACACCGAAACUUGAUGAGCGUCAGAUAGAUGAAGAUGCCGAGGAAGCUGAAGAGGAAGGCCUGUUGGCCAGUACGGGACGACGAUUUAAUGCGACGUGGCAGGAUAUUCGAGGUGAAGGCUCUGCUUAG